AUGGCUGUGGAUCGGCACACUGAUACUACCGAUUUUCAAGAGCCCUUUUUCUCCACUGAACAGAAUAAUUUUAUUUUUUCCUUCUCUAGCAUUCAAGUGUUUCACUGUCUUAAGCAUGAAGGAACAGGUGGCAGGACACUGCUAGUAGAUGGAUUCUAUGCAGCAGAACAGGUACUUCAAAAGGCGCCUGAGGAAUAUGAACUCCUCAGCAAAGUGCCAUUGAAGCAUGAAUAUAUUGAAAAUGUCGGAGACUGUCACAACCACAUGAUUGGGGUUGGACCAGUCUUAAAUAUCUACCCAUGGAAUAAAGAACUUUAUUUGAUCAGGUACAACAACUAUGACCGGGCUGUCAUCAAUACCAUACCUUAUGAUGUUGUCCACCGUUGGUAUACAGCACACCGGACUCUAACAGUAGAGUUGAGGAGACCUGAAAAUGAGUUUUGGGUCAAACUAAAGCCUGGAAGGGUGGGUGCCAAACUUGAAAUGUCUAGUAAGCUUUUUAUACUGAAGCAAUGAAUGAUAUGAGUCAUAAUCUUGUGAAGGAAAAAGAAAGUCCUAGGUAUUGGCACUGGUCCUGCUACUCACUCACUGGAUGACAUCAAAGCAGACCCUACCCCAUAUCUAGGCAUCAGUGACUCUAUUUGUAUGAUGAGGGGAUUGAACUAGAUGGUCCCUAGGGGUCCUCCCACCUUUAUGAUUCCUUUUUUUUUUUUUUUUGCUCUUUAUGGUUUCUCUGGAUAAAGAAUAUCUUCAGCUUAGCAUAAAACAAUGAAAUAGUUCAACACUUUGAGAAA